ACUCGACACUUACCGCGAUAGUUCCUCCACUCCGAGUGCGCAGAUACAUCCGAUUCGCCAGCCGCGGGUCCGCGUUCGCUUGAGUUACUUUUUUUGUUUGCCCCUCCUGCUUUUUUUUUUGGUCGCCUUCUGGAAGCUUCCUUCCGCCAAGAACUACCGAAAGCCACCUGCCAGAUAAGACCAAAGUGCGUGUCAUCCGAGUGCGAAGUUUGUGCGGAAUUCCCAGCCCACUACUUGUAUGUAAAUGACGGCAGCUGCCCGCCCGCCCGACGUCAGCAGGAGCAGGAUCAGGAGCAGCGGAAGCGGUUGCGGCAGCGGUAGCAGCAGCAAGACGGCCGGCACCAGGAAGCCACCGCCGUCCGUGGCUCGACGUCGUCUUCCGAACAGGAUCUGGUCGCUGGUGACGCUCGCCCUGGUCAUGUACCAGCUCCAGCAGUUCGCCCACUCCGGCGGCGGUGGCGGCGGCGUCUCGGCCGCCCCGACCCCAGGAUCCCUGGCCAGCAGCAACACCACCCUAAAGCACCUGCAGAAGCGCUCGGGGGUCAACUUCCGGGCCACCUUCCAGCACCUGCUGAACGCCAGCAGCACGCACCUGGACUGGGGGAACACGUGCAACCACAGGCCCACGGGUCUGAGCGAGAAGCACAACAAGACGCGGCGUUGCCGCAAGCGACUCAUGAUCCUGCAGAAGCUGCAGAAGCAAGCCGCCCGCGAGCUGAGGGGCGUGCAGGGCGACGACAAGGACAGGCACACGGUGGACAACAUGAACCGCCUGGCCAACAAGAGCAUCAAGGCCCUGGACAUCCGCAAGAUCAGGAAGUACAAGCUGCACCGCGUGCACUACAAGCUCCUGCCCCGGCUGAACAACAGCAGUAACCAGCUGAAUCUGCGGCAUGUGCACCGCGACCUGCAGCACUUCGUGGGCGCCUUCACCUACCUGCGCAACGCCAAGAUGCACUGGGACCUGGUCAACCUGCAGGCGCGCAGCGUGCUGGCCGACGAGCUGGGGCGCCUGCGCAAGUCCGCGCGGGACAUGCUCUGCAGCGUGGAGGACGCCAUCAACCUGACCAACCUGCUGUACACCCCCGCGCGGCAGAGGGUGCGUGGCCAGGGCGCCAGCCCCAAGAAGCGGCGGCAGGCCCAGCCGGCUGUGACCUUCCGGAUCCAGUCGCGCCCCGUGAUGGAGAACUGGCUGCAGCUGUUCCGCUCGAAGCCGGUGGAGCUGCACCAGCAGGCGACCCUGGCCGCGCGCGGCGUCGACGUUCCGCCGCCCCCCGACUCCCCGAACCUGAAGUUGGACGCGCUGUUCGCCAAGUACGAGUUCGUGCAGUAUCUCAAGAGCAUCCGCGUGAUCCUGAGCCACCAGCGGCGGGAUCUGUGCAAGGCGCGGAGCACCAUGACGAGCACCAAGGGACAGAGCCAGGCCCAGGCCCAGAGCCAGAUGCAGAGCUGAGAGAGAGGGCUGAGAGCCCACAACCGGUGAAACCUCCAGUCCACAACACGAGGCUCAUUCCAUGAAGACAUCCUUAAUUUAUUGAACAUCCCAUAUUUAUUACUCACGACACCACCCCGUCACGAAUCACGAGGAAUCCCAGACAGUCGCAGGGCUAUGAACAAGCGAAUAAGUAAUGAGAACAAUCAACCACCAAACCGAAUGAAGACACCCAGUUUUCUCGCUAUCUUAGGACGAAUGUAUUUUUUUUUCGUAUCUCUAAGUACCAUUGUAUUAUUUAUUACGACCACUCGCCAACAAUCUGCCGCACAUUCCGCUAGAUACUAAGUGUACUACGAUGCACUUUGCCUUGUAUUACGAUGCUGUGAUAGUAGAUGAUUAAAGUAAGCACAACGCUCCACGAUGGCCACAAGCUAUAUAUCUCCCCGGCUACACACACGGGCAUAGGUACGAUUAUACACCUCCAUGUAACUUAGCUUUGAUUAGGUAUUAACUUUUAGCAAUCAAAUACAAACAAUUGAAAGUA